AUGCGAUUCCUCACUCUCAUCAUAGUUGUACUGGUCGUAUCGUUUGAAUGUCAGAAUCCAGUUAUUGCUGGCCCUUCCAAUGACAUUGAUGAUCUAGUUGCCAAUAGCAUCGAUAAUAUAAAGAAAAUCGUCUCACUAAUACCGGGAAUUGAUUCGAGUGUUACAGAAGCAAACGCCAGUAUCUCAACGACAGUUUGA